AUUUGAUCGGGUUGAUUCCAUUUGGAGAGGGAGAAGGACGGACGUGGCAGCAUUCACAUCUCUAUUGUUCUUCCUCAACAACCAAUGCAAUCCUCCAUCGUCAACCCCCUCUUCUCUUCUUGUUCUAUUCUGUUCUGUUGUGGUCUGAAUAACCCACAACAUUCACUCUAAAGUAGAGAGAAAAUUUGGACGGAUCCAGAGAGAGAGAGAGAGAGAGGGAAAUGGCGUGGAGGCUCCCUACACAGCUGGCGACCACUCCUCCUCGUAGCGUCAAAACUUGCCCUCGACACGAUACACUCUCAUGGCGUCACACUCUAUCCCCCGACGGCCUCUCUUCUUCACCACCAUCCCCAUCCUUGUUCACUCUUGCCUCCUCCUACUCCUCCUCUUCUCCAGGGCGCAGAUGUCAUGUGCAACCAUUGGUAACAUGUACAGCUCAGACUGCAAAUCUAGCUCCGGGGACUCCAGUGAGGCCAACGAGCAUAUUGGUGGUGGGCUCCACCGGAACACUUGGGAGGCAGAUUGUGAGGAGGGCUCUGGACGAGGGUUACGACGUCCGCUGCCUCGUCAGGCCUCGACCUGCCCCCGCCGACUUCCUCCGUGAUUGGGGCGCCACCGUUGUCAAUGCAGACCUGAGCAAACCAGAAACCAUCCCUGCCACUUUGGUUGGUAUCCAUACAGUCAUUGAUUGCGCUACAGGGCGUCCUGAAGAACCCAUCAAAACUGUAGAUUGGGAAGGAAAAGUUGCUCUAAUACAAUGUGCAAAAGCAAUGGGAAUUCAAAAGUUUGUGUUCUACUCCAUCCACAACUGUGACAAGCAUCCUGAAGUUCCUUUGAUGGAGAUCAAGUACUGCACUGAGAAGUUCCUCAAGGACUCUGGCAUAAACCACAUCAUUAUCCGGUUAUGUGGUUUCAUGCAGGGCCUAAUAGGGCAGUAUGCAGUUCCUAUCUUAGAAGAGAAAUCUGUCUGGGGAACUGAUGCUCCAACACGAAUAGCUUACAUGGACACUCAGGAUAUAGCUCGAUUGACAUUUAUAGCUUUGCGAAACGAGAAAAUUAAUGGGAAGCUUCUCACAUUUGCUGGUCCUCGGGCAUGGACAACCCAAGAGGUGAUAACACUGUGUGAAAGGCUAGCAGGGCAGGAUGCAAAUGUUACUACAGUCCCUGUCUCAGUUUUGAGAUUAACUCGCCAAGUGACUCGAUUGUUUGAGUGGACUAAUGAUGUUGCUGACAGAUUGGCAUUCUCAGAGGUCCUCACGAGUGAUACAGUUUUCUCAACUCCAAUGACUGAGACGUACAAGGUUCUUGGUGUGGAUUCAAAAGACAUUAUUACGCUGGAGAAAUAUUUGCAGGAUUACUUCACAAACAUAUUGAAGAAACAUUUUUUCUCUUACAAAAUUAAAAAAUUCAUCUCAAGCGAAAUUUUUUAG